AUGGGUGUCAAACGUCAAUUAGGUGGAUCAUGUUGUAUUCCGAAGUGCAAGACCAACUGUCCCAAUUGUCCAAUUCAUGAACAUUGUGUUGAAGGAUGUAAGCCGCGUGCACAGAGUUGUGCAAAAGAAGACAAAGGUUUCUUCGCCGAACUACGCUAUCUUCAACUUCAUGAUAUUGAUGUACCCGAUCGUGUGAUGGAACGGCGUCUUUUGGGUUUGGUUCGUGAAUUAGAAAAGGAGCGUGAAGAAUAUUUGAAUCAGGAAGCUCUCGUUAAAAAACAAACAGAUAUAUUAGUAAAUCAAUUUCGAAAUAACGCGACAAAAUCAAUCGCUUAUUCCGAAGCGUCAGCUCAACUUCUACGUGAAAAAACCAAAACUGAAGCAGUGCAACGUGUUGAAACUGCUCGAGCCGAUGCAAUGUCAUCGAUGUGUACUAAAUUGGCUAUUACACAACCAAAACAUAUUUUAACUCUGCAAUAUUUGCUUACAUUAAAAGAUUCAACCAAUCUUGGUAAUGUAAGUGGUCAACGUGCUGAUCAAAUUGCUUGUAUUGAUAAUCUUAUUCUAACACAAAAUAAAAUAAAUAUCUAUCUUGAUGCUUAUCCCUACUGGCAAACAAUAGGUACAUUAAAUGAAUUAGAAAAUGAUUAUUAUGAAUUAUUAUUAGGUCCUAUAGAAAAACAACCAAAAAUUGAAGAAUUAUUUCAAUUAAGACAUAUUUGA